AUGAGACCGCAACAACGGCGAUAUUGUGACCGGUGUGCCGCUGAUGGGAAGCAAACAGGCGCGUGGGCUUCGUCGUGGACGAGAGCGUCGGUGGUUGCGGACUGCGCAGGCGUAGCAUCGACGCGGGUCCAGGGAGGCUGGGGCGGCCGGGCGGCUGGACUGCUGGAGCGGCACCAGUUGCUGGCGACGCGCGCCGCCGCAGACACCGCCGCCGCCGACCGCCGUCCCGCUCCCACAGAGCCCCGCAAAACCAGAGCCCCGCAAAACCAGAGCCCCGCAAAACCAGAGCCCCGCAAAACCAGAGCCCCGCAAAACCAGAGCCCCGCAAAACCAGAGCCCCGCAAAACCAGAGCCCCGCAAAACCAGAGCCCCGCAAAACCAGAGCCCCGCAAAACCAGAGCCCCGCAAAACCAGAGCCCCGCAAAACCAGAGCCCCGCAAAACCAGAGCCCCGCAAAACCAGAGCCCCGCAAAACCAGAGCCCCGCAAAACCAGAGCCCCGCAAAACCAGAGCCCCGCAAAACCAGAGCCCCGCAAAACCAGAGCCCCGCAAAACCAGAGCCCCGCAAAACCAGAGCCCCGCAAAACCAGAGCCCCGCAAAACCAGAGCCCCGCAAAACCAGAGCCCCGCAAAACCAGAGCCCCGCAAAACCAGAGCCCCGCAAAACCAGAGCCCCGCAAAACCAGAGCCCCGCAAAACCAGAGCCCCGCAAAACCAGAGCCCCGCAAAACCAGAGCCCCGCAAAACCAGAGCCCCGCAAAACCAGAGCCCCGCAAAACCAGAGCCCCGCAAAACCAGAGCCCCGCAAAACCAGAGCCCCGCAAAACCAGAGCCCCGCAAAACCAGAGCCCCGCAAAACCAGAGCCCCGCAAAACCAGAGCCCCGCAAAACCAGAGCCCCGCAAAACCAGAGCCCCGCAAAACCAGAGCCCCGCAAAACCAGAGCCCCGCAAAACCAGAGCCCCGCAAAACCAGAGCCCCGCAAAACCAGAGCCCCGCAAAACCAGAGCCCCGCAAAACCAGAGCCCCGCAAAACCAGAGCCCCGCAAAACCAGAGCCCCGCAAAACCAGAGCCCCGCAAAACCAGAGCCCCGCAAAACCAGAGCCCCGCAAAACCAGAGCCCCGCAAAACCAGAGCCCCGCAAAACCAGAGUCCCGCAAAACUAGAGUCCCGCAAAACUAG